GUGACGUAGCACAGUCGCUUGCUACGCGCUACGAUCAAAUCGGGAACAUUUUUCAGUGUUCCGCUCUUUUAAUUUUUAAUCAUUCCGGACUGUAAGGAUGUGUGAGAGCAGAUCUCGGGUCCAGGAGCUCGACAUGUUGCUGCACGAAGCCGUCAUCAAGAAUGAGCCAGCGGCCGUGCGGGUGGCGCUGCAGUCACCGGCCGACGUCAACUCAAGAAACAAUUACGGGAGAGCCCCCAUCCACUGGGCUGCGAGUCGAGGCAACGUGGAGAUUAUAAAGUUACUCAUCGCAGCUAAAUGUGACAUUGAAGCAGUAGACAAGUUUGGUAUGCGACCGUUACUGAUGGCUGCGUGGCAUGGACACUUGGAAGCUGUACAAACAUUAGUUCAGGCAGGAGCAUGCUUGGGUGCUACUAACAAGAAACAGAAUGAUCUACUCCAGUGCGCGUGCUCAAGAGGAUCAUACGAAGUGGUCUCGUACGCGCUCUCGCUGGGCUCCAGGGUGCAGGUCACAGACUCAGCUGGCGACGCUCCCCUGGCUCUAGCAGCUCGAUCCGGACACACUAGCGUGGUGGAGUUGUUACUGGACAGAGGGGCCUACAUAGACGCCGUGAACAAGAUGGGACGGACUGCUCUCCACGUGGCAUGUGAAGGUGGCCACCGCAGCACUGUUGCCCUCCUGGUAUCCCGCGGAGCAACACUUGAAGCUCAAGACAACUCAGGGCGAACGCCGAUGCACGUUGCUGUCUUGCUGAGACACACUGAACUUGUCAGGACUCUUCUUGAGCUGAAGUGCAAUGUGGAUGCUGUAGAUAACAACGGGGUAACAGCGUUGCAAGUGGCGUGCGGUCAGGGCUGCCGAGGAAUAGUUGAACAUUUGCUAGAAUUCGGAGCAAAUGUGCAUCUUCAGAAUAAUGUAGGGUCGUGUGCUCUGCACGCCGCCCUUGCUGCCGGUGCCUCGGACAUUGUGCAGCUGUUAUUGGCACACGGAGCUGACCCUACAACUGCUGACCAGACACCAGCAUCCGUGAGUGGAAGUAUUGCAGAUUCGCCUCCAGAAGGAUUCAGAACGGCGGCGAGAGGUUCCUUCUCUGCAAUACUGGAUCUGCUUACUGCAACUACAAACCUAGACCAUCACCAGGAACAGCCAGCUAAUGAGUCGACUAGCCCACGCGAGGAGGACAAGACGAGUGGUCAAUCACCAGAUGUCAACCAAAGAGAUGACGGCGAUACAGCUGAAAGAUGAUGGUCCGCAUCAACCUUAUUGGAUCGCUUGGCACAACGCGGCUUCGCUGCCGACACACGAUUAGCAUUACCACCAACAGGUUGUGCACGCUACAGGGAGCUGUGCUACCGGGCUGCGCAAGCGCACCUCCCUUGCGAUAUAACACCGCAGACCUGCGAAUGCCAGAACUGUAUUGCAAAACGUGUGCCCUGAGUAAUUAUCAAGAAGUUAUUAAAUUAUUGGUGCAAUCAGUUAUUUGUUUAUCAGUUUUUAAAACCAUUAGUGCGAUUUACUCUCGGAAGUGAUAUUAUAUUGAGAUUGACAAAUACCGGUCUCCUACUCGACGUUUAUAGUAUUGGAUAGAUAAUAUUGUCUAUUACUUGAAACAGCAGCUAUUGUAAGUGUAUUUAUUAUUUAGCUGAAUGAUUUAUGACUGAGAUGCGUAGGUACUACAUAAAUAAGUGGUUUUAGCACCCUACAAAUACCUACCCCUUCUUCUUUCUAUCCAAUGUGUGCCUUUAGAAUGAUGAGAUUUAUGUAAUAGUUGUUGCACAUCAAUUGGCAAUGUGAACCUGUUUUUAUAAAAUACCAAUAGAAUCAAUACUGUGUGUGUAUGACCUUAAAAUAUAAAAAAUAACGUGGAUCAGUAUACAAUUUUAAAACAAUUUUAUUAAGACCACAUUCUACAUAAUAAUUUUUUGUAAAAAAACUAAUUUACGAAAUAAGAAAUGUUAAAUCUAGGCCACGUUGUAGUUAACUUAGAAGGUAAUUUUAAAAUAGGUAGAUGUACAUUUAAAAAUAUUAAUAUCAUAACCUUAAUACAAUGGCGCUUUAACAACCGCUUAAUUUUAAGGCCUAAUAGUAAAUUAAAUUAGAUUAAGUAUGAUUUUACAAACAUUCUCUAGCGUUUCUUGACAUAUUAUAAUGAUUAAAAUUAUGUACAAUCUAUGUUAUCUAGAGCUAUGUAUUUAUAUUAAAAAUAAAUAAACACAGCACUUGUAGUUAUUGUACUUACCCAAAAGUUUAUUAUAUUCUUUGUACAUAAAUAUUCGCGAUUGAUUCUAUUUAUAAAUGCUAAUGUAUCCCAAAAAUAAAUGUAUAGGUAUAUCUAAUUAUUGUAAAUCCUACGUAAUGUGUAAUAAUGUUCACGCGAUCACAAGCUGCAAGAUUAUUCGUUAAUGAACGAUUGUGAAUAUAAAAUAAAACUUAAAAUAA